AAUAUUAAUUAUUAUUAUUAUUAUAUGUUAUUAUUACUGAUGGUAUAAUUAGUACUGGUAUUGUUAUUGUUGGCUCUCUAGUCCUCAUUAUCAGCAUCACAUUUGGAUAGGCCUACUGUCUUAAAUACCUGCUUAGCGUUUCCAAACAAACAGAGUCCUGCUUCAGUUUCAACACAGCCUCUUGUCCUUAAGCCCUGGCAAAAAUAUUGACAGAAAAGGUUUACAUAAAUUACCCCCGAAUAUUUGAACAAUAGCCGCUCUUCCUUGUGGUUCCCAUCCCUGAAAAAUAAAUAAAUGAAAAAAUCACCCAAAAUGUAUUUUUUUUAUACCUGACUGUUUUUGUGGGGAAAGUAAAAGGCAUCAGCUUCAGUGAGAGAAAUUUGUUAAAACGGGCUUUUUAAGUAUUGUGAGCAUAAAGCUACUUUGAGGUUCUUUGUAUGUAAAUAGGGUGUAAAAAAGGCCCUCCCCGUCUUUGUAAUUAAUUGACACGUUAUACCACUCAUCAUGCUCUGAAGCACCAAUGGUAGAGGCUCGGAUCUCCCCAAAACCCACAAUUUCACAUCUGCAAACACUGUCUUCAUCCACUUGACUCCUAAGACCCGCCCACACGUGGCCAACCUUUCGCGUGUUUUAAUGCUUUUUCACUGCAGGUUCAUGUGUUGAGACCAACCUUAUAUGGACUGAUCGGACAAGGUAAUGGCUUAUUUCACUCUAGCACCCAGCAGUAGCACAGUAUCCAUGAGCCACACAUAGCACUUCAGCCACUUUGGCAUUCUUCCUGGACUUACACUGAAUCCACUGCUACUUGCUCAGGCAAUGGUUAUCCACAGUGGCUGCUCUGACUGUACUUCAGCGUAGAGCGACUCUUACUCAUCCUAUUUUUUCCUGAAACGUCGCCUCUUCUUUUUUUUUCUUUCUUUCUAAACAGCGGAUUGUCCGAAAAGCUGGUGCAGCAACUUUUCCCUGCAUAUUUCCCCCCCCACCAGAAUAUGUCGUUGACCAACACAAAGACGGGCUUUUCUGUAAAGGACAUUUUGGACCUUCCUGACACAAAUGACGAAGACGGAUCUAUCACCGGAGCGGAGGAAGACACGGAGGGAUCGGAGACCACGUCCACGACAAAAAACACUGGAGUUUUGGUGCAAAGUCCUCUAGAAAACGUUCAAAAUCUGCCUUUAAAGAACCCCUUUUAUGACAGUAGUGACAAUCCUUACACACGAUGGCUUGCUACUACGGACAGUAUUCAGUAUUCAUUGUUUCUCCCGUUUCUUGCCGCAGUGCACGGUCUAUCCGCCAGCUCUCAGGACUCGGCCAAGUCCCCGGAGCCGUCCGCGGACGACGAAUCGCCGGACAACGACAAGGAAACUUCCAGCAGCGGCGGCAGCGACUCCGGCAAGAAGCGGAAAAGGAGGGUGUUGUUUUCCAAGGCGCAGACCUACGAGCUGGAGCGCCGCUUCAGGCAGCAGAGGUACCUGUCCGCCCCGGAGAGGGAGCACCUGGCCAGCCUGAUCCGCCUCACCCCGACCCAAGUGAAGAUCUGGUUCCAGAACCACCGGUAUAAGAUGAAGAGAGCCCGGGCCGAGAAAGGACUUGAAUUGUCUUGUAUAAAACCCACAGUCCGCUGCAGUCAGAUGGGCUGGAUGGGGGACAGCGCCUACAAUCAGGUUCCCAGAGUUGAGUGUUUAUGCCUUUCACUUAAUGGAUUGUCUCACCUUCUUCAGAGGAUGAACAUGCGGUGCUUGAGAUGCCAGCACUGCAAAUGGAUCCUGGGGCUUUGAGCCUCAUAACAACCGGCCAUCAUCUGUUUCAGACAUGCUUCAAUCAGCAUGCGUGAUGAUCAAAGAGCAACAAUGUGGCAGCAAUGCGUUUUACCAAUUCAAGUUGCCUGAUUAACUUCCUGUCUAAAGAGGAUGUAAAAAAUGUGUAGCAAGUUGUGCCCAUCAUGUGUUUGUGCCCUGUGGUGAAUUUAUAAUGUGUUUCGGAGCUAACUUCACUGAAUGGAAAAAAAGAAUAAUAACAAAUAUGAGCUUCUCUGUGACAUAUCUGUUCUGUGGACUUGCUAGGAGCGAUGCACCGUCUGACUUUGUUGUAUUAUGUAUCACAUUCAGUCUUUAUGCUCUUUGUGAUGCGUGAGAUGGAAGCAAUAACCUUCAACUUAUUUGUCUUCUGCAGUCACAGAUACAGUUCGUCGACCAUGUUGUCAUCCACACAAAGGCAAUGCAGCACAAACAAACUUCCUGUCAGCCCAUUGUCCUUUGCUAAGGGAUGAAAUCAACUCAUGAGAAAUACAAUCAAUAUCCCCACAAAAGCAUCCUUUUUUCACUGUCUGAUCAGCUGACUAACGUAGAGAAGAAACUCAGCCGACAAUUAGAAUAGGUAGUAUCAAAUUCAUGACUGCCAUCGCCUGAGUACACCUGAGCGAGUAUUUUUCAUUGUUGCUGACUGCCAGGUCUUCCACUGCUAUCACCAUUGUCAUAUAUUCAUUUUUAAACCUUACAUUUUUACUUUCGCAAACAAUGUCAACACACAAUUGUUUAUUUUCUAUUUAAUAUCAAGUAUUUCUUUGUACUGUGCUUUUUGUAUUUCUACAAUGUAUUUAUUAUCAUUUUGAAUGAUGUAAAUGACUUUUUAACUUUCCUGUACAGCACGUUGUUCAAAGUUUGCUGCUUUAAAAUGUACAAAUUGACUCGACGAUGUUCAAUAAAAUAAAU